AUGUCGUCGAGCGGCAACCCAGAGUCGGGCAAACCGGUGGAGGGUACCUUGGAUACGAACAAUACUCCAGUGGAACCGCUACCUUCAGCUACCGUGCCCACCGUCUCUUCUGAAUGUCAGAAUUCGGAUCGUGGAGAUAAUAACAACAAUACUGCAGUGGGAGGAUCUGUCUCAGCGCAUCACGAUAACGACGAAGGCAAGGACGCUGCCCAGUUGACCUCUGCGCAUAGUACACAGACCGGGAUGGAAGCACAGAAAGCAGCCGACGCCGAUACUGGUGCCAUGGCUCCGACCGCCGCGCCUUCCGCUGAGCAGCCUGGUUCUUCGCUGAAGGACACUGAAGAGGAUCCGGGCGUGUCACUGUCUGUUACUCUGCUCUUGACCAACGGGGCGAGACAUCCGCUUAAGAUUGACGGGAGGUACUUGCGGAAGUAUUCUAUUAACGUGCCUAACUACGAUCCUUUUGAGAUGAGUGUGUAUUCGUUGAAAGAGUUGAUUUGGAGGGACUGGCACUCCGAUUGGGAAGAUCGUCCAUCAUCGCCUAGUAUGAUUCGUCUGAUCUCUUUCGGCAAAUUACUGGAUGACAAGGUUCCCUUGUCUGAGUGCAAAUUCAACCACGACGCACCUAAUGUUGUUCACAUGACCGUCAAGCCGCAGGAGAUUUUCGAUGAAGACGAUGCCAAGGGUGCAAAGUCCCAAUAUAGCAGCCAUCGCGAUACCGGUGAGCGUAGCCCCGGCUGCCGUUGCAUCAUUCUAUGA